AUGGCAGCGGCACAGAACAUCUCUGUAAGAGUAGGAGUGGUGCUAGACAUGGAUGAGUAUGGAAAGAUGGCAUUCAACUGCAUAUCAAUGGCGCUAUCGGAUUUCUACACUACACAUGAUUCUUACAACACGAGGCUGUUUCUCUACAACCGGGACUCCAACGGAGACGUCAUCGGGGCAGCUGCUGCAGGUUUGGACCUGCUGAAGAAUAUUGAAGUGCAAGCCAUAAUAGGUCCCAUGUACUCGGUACAGGCUAAUUUCCUUAUUUCUCUUGGACAGAAAGCUCACGUUCCUAUUAUUACCUUCUCAGCCACAAGUCCUUCUCUUUCAUCACUAAGGAGUCCUUAUUUCGUUCGGGCUACUCUAAACGACUCUACGCAAGUAAACCCCAUAGUUGCAAUUAUUCAAGCCUUUAAAUGGAAAGAAGUCGUGCCAAUCUAUGAGGAUAACGAAUUCGGGGAAGGGAUUGUACCGUUUUUAAGCGAUGCCUUAGAACAGGUAAAUGUGCGCGUACCUUACAGGAGUGUCAUUCCGUCAUUAGCAACAGACGAACAAAUUGUCGAUGAGCUUAACAAGCUGAAGACUAUGCAAACAAGAGUAUUCAUCGUGCACAUGUUACGCAGUCUCGGUUCUCGCCUGUUCGCCAAAGCAGCACAACUAGGAAUGAUGAGUAAAGAUUACGCAUGGAUAAUAACAGACAGCAUCACAAACGAAUUAACUGCAAUGGAUCCUUCUCUCGUAGCAUCGAUGCUAGGAGUAAUAGGAGUAAAACCUUAUAUUCCACAGACAAAAGAGCUGGACGACUUUGCAAUUCGAUACAAAAACAAGAUUCAGCAGAGCAAUCCAAAAGCUCUAAAUCUGGACAUAUAUGGUAUAUGGGCUUAUGACUCGGCCCUUGCACUAGCCAUGGCAGUUGAAAAAGCAGAGUUAGCAAAUCUUACAUAUCAGAAGACGAACACGUCGACAAAUUCUACAGAUCUUGAAGCCUUUGGGGUAUCGUUAAGUGGACCAAAGCUCAUUCAGGCUUUAUUGAGUAUCACGUUUAGAGGCCUUGCUGGAAACUUCCAAUUAGUCGAUGGCCAACUCCAAGCACCGCCUUACGAAAUAGUCAACAUUGUUGGUCCUGGAGCUAGUGGUAUAGGAUAUUGGACAAAAGAGAAUGGAAUUGUCAACAAACUAAACUUCAGUAGUUCAAGCGCAAGCGCAUAUUCAACUUCCAAAGACAACCUCGGAUCAAUUACAUGGCCAGGCAACGAAUCAUCGCCACCUAAAGGUUGGGUGGUUCCAACAAAAACCAAGAAAAUGAGAGUAGGCGUGCCUGUAAAGGAUGGUUUCACUGAAUUCGUCCGUGUUACAUGGAAUUCCGACAAUUCUACGACAGUGGAAGGAUUCUGCAUAGAUAUUUUUGAUGCGGUGAUGAAAGCACUACCAUAUGAUGUGCCGUAUGAAUACAUUCCAUUUGCAACUCCUGAUCACAAGAUGGCUGGAGAUUAUAAUGAAAUGGCCUAUCAAGUGUACCUUGGAAACUAUGACGCUGUGGCUGGUGACGUAACAAUUCUAGGAAAUAGGUCUCAGUACGUAGACUUCACUCUGCCUUUUAUAGAGUCUGGUGUUUCGAUGGUUGUACCGAUCCCAGAGGAUAAGAAGGGAAAUACAUGGAUAUUAGUGAAGCCAUUGACUUGGGAGUUGUGGUCAACAAUAUUCUUCUUUUUUGUUAUAAUUGGGAUUUUGGUUUGGCUUCUUGAACGCCCAGAAAAUAGAGAUUUCAGAGGGUCUCGUUGGGACCAAUUUUGCAUGAUAUUCUGGUUCAGCUUCUCCACCAUGUUCUUUGCUCACAAGGAGAAGGUGAAAACCAACUCCGCCAAGAUAGUGGUGAUUGCAUGGCUAUUGGCGGUAUUUAUAUUAACCCAAGGCUAUGCUUCCAGUCUUACAUCCAUGUUAACAGCCCAGCAGCUGAUAGUGAAUGAUGUUAAUGAGCUUAUAAGAAACAAGGACUAUGUAGGCUACUCGAAUACAUCGUUUGUAUAUGGAUUUCUGAAAAACCUUUUUAACGAGUCGCAACUUCGGCCUUUCAACUCAGCAGAGGAAAUGGAUGAACUUCUCUCCAAAGGGAGUGCAAAUGGUGGAAUAGCAGCUGCCUUUCAUGAGAUCCCAUAUAUAAAGAUGUUUCUAGGCAAAUACUGUUCGAAAUACAUGAUGGUCGGACCCACUUAUAAGGCUGCUGGUUUCGGAUUUGUUUUUCCAAUAGAUUCUCCUCUAGUACCUGAUGUUUCGAGAGAAAUUUUGAAUGUGACUGAGGUUCAAAAAAUGGUGGAUAUUGAAAAGAAGUGGUUGGGAGAUGAGUCCAAAUGUCCAGACACUGACACCAAAAGUAUUGGCCUAUCAAGCUUCAGGGUAGUCUUUAUUAUUGUAGGAACAGUUGGAAUAGCAGUGGUCAUAAAUUAUAUGAUUAGACAAGGACGUGAAAAUAAGAAUGUCCAUAAAGAUGAUCCCCCAAUUGUCCAUAAUGAUCCCCCAAUUGUCCAUAAUGAUCCCCCAAUUGUCCAUAAUGAUCCCCCAAUUAUCCAUAAUGAUCCCCCAAUUAUCCAUAAUGAUCCCCCAAUUGUCCAUAAUGAUCCCCAAUUAUCCAUAAUGAUCCCCCAAUUAUCCAUAAUGAUCCCCCAAUUAUCCAUAAUGAUCCCAAAAUUGUCGAUAAUGAUCCCACAAUUGAGAGACAGAUAUAUGAGUUAUGGCAGUCACUAA